ACAGACGUCAUGAGGCAGCGCCGGGGACUGCCGAGCGCCCGGUGCCGGGUUCGGUGCGUCCAUGGGUUCGGUGCGGCGCAUCCUGCUGCUCGGGGAGGGCAACUUCUCCUUCGCCGCUUCCCUGUGCCAGGCCACGGGGACCCAGGUCGUGGCCACUUGUUACGAGAGCGAAGAGGAGGUGUCCGGGAGGGACGGAGCCCCCGAGAGCAUCCGGAGGCUGCGGGAGAGAGGAGCUGAAGUUUUGUUUUCUGUGGACUGCACCAAGCUGAAGGACCAUUUUUUACCAGAAAAGAGAGAAUUUGAUUCUAUUUAUUUCAACUUCCCCCACUGUGGGAGAAAGGCUGGGGUAGUGAAGAACAGGGAGCUUCUUGCCCACUUUUUCCACAGCUCUGCAGAAGUGCUGGCAGAGGAGGGAGAGGUCCAUGUGGCUCUUUGCAAUGGGCAAGGUGGGACUCCUGCUGAUCAGCCAAGGAGAGAAUGGCACAACAGCUGGCAAAUAGUGGCAGUGGCAGCAGGAGCUGGAUUUAUCCUGAGCAGUGUUCAUCCUUUUAAAGCAGAGAAUAUCCAUGGUUAUAAGUGUACAGGCUACAGAAGUCAAGAUAAAUCUUUCUGUGUAGAGGGUGCUUUGAACCACAUCUUCACACGGAGCAUGCCACGUCCACAUUUCCAGCCUGUGAUCUACAAGACAGAACUGGAAAGCCAAAAUGUUUCUUUUCAAGUACCACAAAUACUUGUGGAUAAAAUUAACAGGGGGUUUCUAGAACCAAAUUCAAACCAUCCAGUACGGGCAGUAAAGGAGAAGCUGACUGCAGAGCUCAGCCAAGCCUUUCCUUUACACAAUAUGGACCACUGCCUCCCUCUGCUCCACCAAGGGCACAUCAGUGAUGUUUGUCACCCAAAUAUCUUCUGGAUCAUUCUGAGCCCAGAGGAGACUUUGAUGACUGGAGAAAUGUCGGAUGGAUUGGCAGAUGCAGUUUCAUUUUCCCAUGUUGAUUCUUGCAGGGACACAGAUGAGAAUGGCUGUGGGAAUGUACAGGAGGGAUGCCACAUUCCCAAGCAGUAUUAUCUCAGACCUUCCCUUUUCCCUUGUGCUCAGGCAGCAAUACAAAAAGGAGCCUUUGUCCCGGGAACACUUCAUGUUCUUUCUGGCCCAGUUUUCAGGAAGUGCCUCAUCACUCCUUACUCCAUGCCUGUUUUUCAUGAGAUGGUUCUUGCAUGUGCAGUUAAGAGGGGUACAGAGGACAGCUGUAUCCAGAUGUUGGUGAAUAACAUUAAAACCAGCAUCCAGUCACUUCACCAGACUGUUUCGAGCUUUAAGCUGAGUCUCAGUCUUCAGGAAGCAACAAACUUGGAGAUAACUGAGCUAAAUGACUUUGCUGCUUUGGAAUCACAGCUCAGUAAAAUCCAGUACUGCAUCUCCAUGGAUACCUCAGGCUCUUGUGAGAAGGGCUCCUGUGUGGGAGUUGUAAGGACAGCUCACUAUGAACCAGUAAGCAGGGAUGUGGUUGCUGUCUUUGUUUCACUGAAUCUUGACCUCCUGGCCAUGCUGAUCUGUGGGAUAUCUGACUGGAGAAUGCUCUGGACAUCAGACACACGGUUCCUCCGCCAGUUCCCUAGAGGAGAGUUAAGGCUUUUCAAGAGUUUUUCUCUCUACCCCCCUCCCUACAUUCAUGAUGUCAGCUUUUGGAUUCCUGAUGGGGAACGAUUUGAUGAAGUUGCUUUUCACACCAUCGCUAGGCAGGUGUCAGGUGAAAUGGUUGUUGCCAUCCAGUUAAUCGAUAGCUUCCAGAAAUCAGAGACUGGGCAGAAAAGCCUCUGCUACAGGCUGACCUAUCAGUCCUGUGACCGGGCACUGAGUCGCCAGGAGGUGGCAGAGAUGCAGCUGCUCUUCCGAAAGGAAAUAAAGCACAGCCUGGGAGUGACGCUUCGGUAAAACACUGUAUGUCCUGAGCGAGUUCUCCAGCGAGAGGGAAGGGCAAG